UCAGAUGUGUCUAACUCGAAAAACAAAUUUUUUCAAAAGUUGGUCAACGUCGAGAAUCCUGCCUUUCCUAUAAAAUCAAAGUUUCGAAUUUUCAUCUGAAAGUUUGCCCAUAUUAAGGCCUCAAUGAGACUAGCUAGUCUGCAAAGUUUUAGGAGUUUUGAGUAAAUAAUGUCUAAGGUAUGGAUUUACGAAAAUAUUUAUGCAUACAUAAUAUCCAUAAAAAAGGGUCUCCAGGAUAAAACAUUGAUAUCUUCGAGGCAAUUUGUCGAAAAUUUCUAAAACUUUACAGGCAAGCUAGUCUGAUUGAAAUCUGGGUGUGGGCAAAAUUUCAGAUGAAAAUUUGAAACGUUGAUUUUAUUGGGAAGGUAGGGUUAUACUAGAAAAAAUUCUAAACUUACUAAAAUGUCGAUAUCUGAGCCAAAUUGCAACUUGCGCACAUAUCACUUUAGACUUUUUCUAGUCUAUGUAUGUCCUAUCUAUGAACGAAUUUUGAGCUCAAAAGCUUUCUGUCACCUGGAUGGUUCUGUCGUACGAUAGGUUUAUGUAUUAUCGUCAGUGAUAAUAAAACACAAAUAUGGCGGAAUUUCAUCAGUUUUCAAUACAUUUAAAGCAAUACACUACAUCAUGUUUGGAAUGAGAGGAGAGUGGUACGUUGUUUAGUACUGUCACAUUCAUAUAAGCGAUUAAUGAGAUAUAUAGGAAUUGAAUAUUUAAAAUUGAAUUACUCAUUAAUUACAGAUAAAAGUAACUUGUAAUCAUUGUUUAGGUUUGCCAAUCGAAUGUGCAAACCACAAUGUUAGCGGUGAUGCUACGCGUCGUGUUGGCUCAGGGAAAGGAAAUCUUUGUGAUCGUGAUAUGGUAGGGUGGAUGCGUUUUGUCGAUCGAGCGGGAACUGCCGUCGUGAGAAAAGCUCCAACAGGGCGUUGUGGUGGUUUGGAUGCCGGAUGGAUACUUGGCGUCUAUCCGACAGAACCUGGAGCAACGACACUCAGCACUUUGUGUUAUGUCGACGAGAUCGGAAAUCCGUGUUCAACAUCUAAACCAAUUCGCACUACACAUUGUGGUGAUUUCUUAGUAUUUGAAAUACCUGCUCCACCAGAUUGUCCUACACGAGCUUGUACAGAAGACUACACAUUCAAUUAA